GAAUUCCAGUUUCCCCCACCCGGCGCUUGAGUACCACCGCCGUCACUUUCACAAUCUCCCGACUGAGAUCCUCCCAUGGCGUUCGAAGGACUCCCACCUCUAAUCGCUGACCAGCUCCACUACUUACUCAAUCACUCGCCUGAUUCCAUCAAGAUCGAAAAUGUCUGGUCUGGUAACAAGAUUAAUCCCAAGAUUCUCGAUCGUUUUACUUUGGUGAUACCUUAUUGUCUAGAGACUAUCAAAUGGGAUGUUAUUUACAAUUCAGAGUAUCCAGUGGAUCCUCCUGAUUUCGUAUUCGGACCAGACGACGAAGAUUUUAUGCCGUGUAGUGCUAUUGCUCCUGAUGAUGAUCAGAUAUCAUUAUUGAAGAAGGCUUUGUCCGAGUGGGAUAACGAGGACUCAACGCGGUUACUUGUUAUCGUUCAAGGAUUGAGGGAUCAAUAUGUGGCAUACCAAAGAAGGCGUGUGGGCCAAAUUGAUGAUGAUCGCGUGAAGUUUGAGAUUAGCACCGUUUUAACUCGCAAGGGAAUUGAAAUGCAAAUGGCUUCAGGAGUUGACAAGCCAGACGAAGUUAAGUUUGCAGUACCUCUUGUGAUGGAUAUGAACAUAAACAAAAUGGUGGCUGGCUGUCCUUGGAAGCAUCAGCAGAAGAUUUAUCUUCAGGUAGUAUACCCGAUUCUUCGAAAAUAUGAAUCUGCACCUUCGACACCUCGUUUGAGAUUAGUAUCAUCUUCUGAUUUAAAAGCUCUAUUCUCUGUUGAGGAUGUUAAACUUCCUCCAUGGAUGGACGGGAUGUGCUUGGCUGAAUAUCUUCCCCAUCUCGAAGAAACUCUUGAGAGACAAAUUGAGGAAGCUGUUUCUGCAAUUGAUUUAAGAAGGAGUUUUAUUGAGGCUUUGACUCUUUUUCUUGGAAGACCUCUUGAAGCUGAUCCUACCUUUUGCCGUAAGGCUACAUUCCUUACUGCCUCUGGACAAUUUACUUUCAUGGUUCAUUUCUUCUUUUCAGCUCAAUUUCCGAAGCAGCAACCAACUCUAAUGCUUCAGAGUUGUCAGCAUUUAAACCAAUCAAGCGUGCCGGUAAAAUCGAACCUCCUCACCGAGUACCCAUGGAGUCCAAGAUGGGAAGUCGGGCGCAUGGCUGAGAGACUGUGUGACUUCCUGACCGACGAGGCUGCCAACUUCAAAAAAUAUUGUAACGAAGCUCUACUCCAACAUUAGUGUAUCUAUAUCUAAAGUUAGUAUUGUCUAAAUUUUGUGUAACACUCCUCUUGCUAUGUAAACUGAAAUGGAGUACUGUUAUGCUUUAAGGAGAAUACAAUUAUAAGCAUUUCUUCUUGAUUUCAACAUGCUUUUUCUUGGCUAUAGGAUUCAUUGGCUCUGUUUGCUUUUACAUGUCAUAAAAGUUUCGAAUUUUA